GCAUAGGUCUACUCCUGCGCCUGCGAACUGCGAUCGCAGGGCCGAGGUCUCGCGGCGAGACCCUCUCAAGCUCCUCAAACCGCGCGAGAUUUCCUUGCGAGCUCCUCUACGGUGAGUGACGUGCAAAACGCAGCCUGCUGGGGUCGCUGGGGCUGGGGAUCGGAAGCUGGAUCCGGCCUUCCGCGUGAGGGAGGGUGUAGCAGUCAGGGUGACCUCCAGGCUUCCUCCGGGAGCUGCUGGCGACGCUGAAGAAGCAGAAAAAUCUUGUGAGACUACCGUGCAAACAAGGCAAUGAUUGUACAAAGAGUGGUACUGAAUUCCCGACCUGGAAAAAAUGGUAAUCCAGUGGCGGAGAAUUUCCGAGUAGAAGAAGUAAAUUUACCAGAUAAUAUCAAUGAAGGACAAGUGCAAGUCAGAACUCUUUAUCUUUCUGUGGAUCCUUACAUGCGUUGUAGAAUGAAUGAAGACACUGGCACUGAUUAUAUAAUGCCUUGGCAGCUGUCUCAAGUGGUUGAUGGUGGAGGUGUUGGGAUUAUAGAAGAAAGCAAACACAAAAAUUUUACUAAAGGCGAUUUUGUGACUUGUUUCAAUUGGCCCUGGCAAACCAAGGUUAUUCUGGAUGGAAAUAGCCUUGAAAAGGUAGAUCCGCAACUUGUGGAUGGACACCUUUCAUACUUUCUUGGAGCUAUAGGUAUGCCUGGUUUGACUUCCUUGAUUGGGGUACAGGAAAAAGGUCAUAUAACUGCUGGAUCUAAUCAGACAAUGGUUGUUAGUGGGGCUGCUGGUGCCUGUGGAUCCUUGGCUGGGCAGAUUGGCCAUUUGAUGGGCUGUUCCAGAGUAGUGGGAAUUUGUGGAACACAUGAGAAGUGCCUCUUUUUGACCUCAGAACUCGGCUUUGAUGCUGCAAUUAAUUAUAAAAAGGAGAAUGUGGCGGAACGACUCCGUGAAUUAUGCCCAGCUGGAGUGGAUGUUUACUUUGACAACGUUGGCGGUGACAUCAGCGAUACAGUGAUUAGUCAGAUGAACCAGAACAGCCACAUCAUCCUGUGUGGUCAAAUUUCUCAGUACAACAAAGAUGUGCCUUAUCCUCCUCCACUACCCCCUGCUGUAGAAGCAAUCAGGAAAGAAAAAAACAUCACAAGAGAAAGAUUUCUGGUGUUCAAUUAUAAGGACAAAUUUGAGUCUGGUAUUCUACAGCUGAGUCAGUGGUUUAAAGGAGGAAAACUAAAGAUCAAAGAGACUAUGAUAAAUGGAUUGGAAAACAUGGGAGCUGCAUUCCAGUCCAUGAUGACAGGAGGUAACACUGGAAAGCAGAUAGUUUGCAUUUCAGAAGAAACCUCUUUGAAAUCUCUAUAACGAUCUUCAUCAAGGAAAUACACAGAUUUCUUUCCACUUUGCACAAAGAUUUUCAAGAUGCAUUA